CUUUGCUAACAUCCGGUGUCUUCCCGUCCAUUAGCAUCCAAGAAACCCGAACCAACCUAACGAUAUCCAUCUGCAGUCCUUCGAGAACAUACGUCGUUAAACUACUUCAUGUCGAUCGUUGAUUUUAACUGAAUGAAAGAUUUUAUCCGAUUCAUCAGAUGCAGGGCUUUGGCCCCGUCUCCAGCAGCUGAAGCGCACCCGUCCUGUCCUCUCUGCUCCACGGCCUUCCUCCUGUCUGAGCCAUGACCACCCAGAUGGAUAAUGAUUUGGUGCAUCUCCGCCUUAUCCUGGUCAGCGGCAAAACACAAGACUUCACUUUCUCUCCAAACGACUCGGCCACAGACAUCGCCAAGCAUGUGUUUGACCACUGGCCUGCAGGAUGGGAGGAAGAGCAGGUGAGCAGUCCCAGUAUACUGCGCCUCAUUUUCCAGGGGCGCUUCCUUCAUGGCAACGUUACGCUGGGAGCUCUGAAACUGCCACCGGGACGAACAACCGUCAUGCACUUGGUUGCCAGGGAGACUCUUCCAGAGCCCAACUCUCAUGGUCAGAGGAACAGAGAAAAAACCACAGAAAGCAACUGCUGCCUCCUCUUGUAAAGCAUCCGAAACCCCCUUCCCUCCUCCUACCCCGACAUCGUGCAAACUAAACAUAACGCGCACCUAAACAUGCACAAACUCCCUCACUUUUUUCUCCUGCUGCUCGCCUCUUCGCCUGCAGAUCUGGAAGAAAUCACAGGAAAGUCCCAUUUCGGGGACGCUUCGGUUGAACUCUUGUCCGAUCUGAGGCAUUUUUUUUCUGUUGUUGUUGUUUUUAUUCGUGCCAAUAUACCCCACCAACACAAUUUUUACUGUCAGCAUUACUUCCUGUAGCCAUUUCUUUUUAAUUUUAAGAUUUCACCGAUACACGCUCUCUGCCACCCAUGAGGUGUUUUUAAAAAGUUGGCAUUUUUAGUGUUAAAGACCCGGAAGCUCACAGCUUUUUAACGGACUUAUAAAGGAUUUUGUGGGCUCUGAGCCGCCUCUACUAUUUACAUGGACAAUUCCCCGGGUCCUGCUGCACUUAACCUGUCUAAUUAUGAAGUGUUUAUUGGUUAAUCUCCUCCUUCAACAUUGUUUUUAUUCUUUUUUUUUUUUUUUUUUUCUCUCACGUAGUAGAAAAUUUGCCAAAAAUUUUCUGCAGAACUAACUGAACUGCCUGCGUUUGUUCGUUUCUGUCGGAGAAGCUUUGGCGAAGAGAAACUGUUUUGGAUCCACGGAUUCGUUUGGUAUUUUGUUGUAAUAACGGCAGGUGAGUAGAAACAAAAGCGGAAAAACAAGACGGGAGGGAGAGAUGGUGUUAGUUUAAUUCUCCUUCCAACCAAUGGAGGCUCUUAACGAGGCAGAAUAUUGAUGGAUGGGGGGAAAACAGGAAAGCAGGGUAGGUUUUCGCCUCCCUUUCAUUUUGGAUACCGUCUAUAUUUCAUGUUUGCCUUUUAUUGUGGAAUUCAUUAAUAUCAUUAAUAAGGAAAUUUAAAUAUAUCAAUUUUUAUCUUGUGUAUAGGUAUUUGUUGAGUUUGUGUGCGAGUUUGUCUGAGGGUGUGUGAUGCACGUUGCAUACUGUGUGAGGACUAGUGAGAUUUUUAUUUUGAAGUGGUGCACUGUGACAGGCUGCGGAAACCUUUCGAUUCCUUCCAUUGAGUGUCCUUUGGUUUGUGUUUUUGUCAAUCAGUGUCACUGCUAUGAAGUUUUAGCUCAGUAUGAAUAAAUGUAAAAAAAAAAACUAAAAUGCAAUGUGGUCAACAUAAAAGCUUGUAUUAUAAAUUAAUAAAUCUUUACAUAAGGCAGA